ACUAUGGAUGCAGCAAUUCCGAUUUGGAAGAGGGACGAUGAUAAGCGUUUUGAGUUAGCUCUGGUUCGAUUCCCUGCUGAGGGUUCGCCGGAUUUUUUAGAGAAUAUCGCUCAGUUUCUGCAGAAACCGUUAAAGGAGGUGUACUCCUACUACCAAGCCUUGGUCGAUGAUGUUACGCUGAUCGAAUCGGGUAAGUAUCCUUUGCCCAAGUACCCGGAAGAUGAUUACGUGUCACUGCCGGAAGCGACUAAGUCUAAAACCCAGGGCACGGGGAAAAAGAAGGGAAUACCUUGGUCACCAGAAGAACACAGAUUGUUUUUGGAUGGACUAAACAAGUAUGGGAAAGGAGAUUGGAAGAGCAUAUCGAGGGAAUGUGUGACGUCAAGGAGCCCGAUGCAAGUGGCAAGCCAUGCUCAGAAGUAUUUCUUAAGGCAAAAAAAUAAGAAGGGGAAACGCUUCAGUAUCCAUGAUAUGACUCUGGGAGAUGCCGAAAAUGUAACCGUCCCUGUAUCCAACUUGAAUUCUAUGGGCCAGCAGCCACAUUUUGAUGACCAAAGUCCUCCGGAUCAUUAUCAAGACUACUUCUCCCAGAGCAAUGUAACCAUCCCUGGAUGCAACAUGCACUUUAUGGGCCAGCAACCACGUUUUGGUGACCAAAUUCCUCCGGGUGAAUAUCACCCCUACUCCCGGGACAAUGUAACCGUCACUGGAUCCAACUUGAAUUCUAUUGGCCAGCAGCCACAUUUUAAUGACCAAAUUUCUCCGGAUCAAUAUGGCCGCUACUUGCAGGAAAACUUCGGGUUUUUCGAUGAUGAUGGUGAAGAUGAUGGGAGUUUAGCAAGCUUUCAACAACUAUACAAGGCUUAAGCUUUUUGAUGAGAUUUUCUGGUUUAGGGUUU